GAUGAGGGCGCUCUUGUUCUCCCUGUUGAUCGGCUGCGCCUUCGGGGCGUCCGUCGAGAGGCCUCGUCGGCAGCUCUUCGGGAAUGGCAUCGAACUUGAAUCUUCUCUGUCAUACUUGCCACCCAAGGAGGAAGCCAAUUGUCAGCCAUCCGUCAUUUACCGAACGCAAAUCCAGUACUCUACCGUAGUCGUCCCAUCAACCGUCUACAACAGAGAUGUCCAGUAUCUUACGCAGACUUCCGUCCGCACGCAACAAGUUUUCACCACCGUCUACUCACAGAUCGUCCGUACUCAGCAGGUCCCUUCAGUGCUAUACGAAACAGUGACUGUCACUCGUACUCAGGACAACGUGCGCACACAGGUCGUCACUCUCCCUCCUCAGGUUAAUUACGUGACACGUACUCAGCAGAGUGUCAGGACCGAAGUGCAGUUCCAGACACGAUAUGAGACUCGUGUCCAGCAGGUACCUACCACUGUCGUUAGGAACGUCGUUUCAACGCAGGUUGUACCUCAGCAGGUGGUCAGCACCGUCUACAGAACACAGACGGUAACAAGGACACAGCAGAUUCCAGGUCAGACUCGUAUUAUCCCCAGUACUCAGUACAGCACCCGUUAUUCUACUGUGGUCGUACCUGCCCAGGACGUCGUUAGGACUACCCAGCUUGUCAGGACCAAUGUCGUUACCCAAACCAUCACGCAGCCUGGUCAGACUCGAGUCAUCACCAGCACACAGGUUGUUCCUGUUACCACCACCAUCUUCUCGCAGGUGGUUCGCACUAACACACAGACUCAGUACGUAACACGUACACAGGUAGAACAGCGAGUCUCCACCGUCGUACGCACAGAGCAGGUGCCACAGUACAACACAAGGUUCGUAACUGUUCCACAGCAGGUUGUGAGGACACAGUACUCUACCCAAGUGGUUCCCACAACCAUCAACUCUCAGAGGAUUGUAUCUACAGUGAUCAAUGUUCCCGCUCAGACCCGCUAUGUCACAGUCACUCAAACCUCCGUCAGGACACAACAACUGGCCGGGCAGAUCCGCACUCAAUACAACACCAGAGUCGUCUACAACACCAACUACGUGACUUCUACCGUAUACAGGGAACAGGUCAACACCGUGACGGCCACCACCACCGUCAGAGGAGAUUGCGGCUACAACUACAACGAACCCGCUCAGGCCUUCAACCCCUUCGCCGGUUAAGGAGCCAAGUUCGCAGUGAUAUCACGUACAGAGAUCACUUUCAAGAAAAAAGAAUUUUCGUAAAGGAAAUGGGAAUUUAUUUUUAUCAUAAUGGAGAGGUGCUCAUUCAGAAAUAAGACAGAAAACGCUUCACUGUUUGCCCACAUGUCAUCCAGGAAAACGGCACCGAUAAAGUCUCAUUGCUUACCGAUUUUCUACAUGAUUAAUUACCAAUGUAUUUAAUAAAAUGUACACACAUA